AUGGAUCACGGAAAAGCUCUUCUGUAUCAGGCAGCAGAACUGGACCACAAAUCCCUCACGAAUCGCUGUCUCGAUCUUGGCGCCGAAGUCGAUACCACAGACAAGUAUGGCGAGACUGCGCUACACUAUGCCGCUACAAACGGGCAUCUCGACAUCGUUCAGAUCCUCACCCGAGCAGAUGCAAACAAGACGAUUGUGGAUUCUCAUGGACGAACAGCGCUCGAUUGUGCGCAAGGAGCUGGCCGAAGAUCUCAUCCAGACAUCGUUGCAUAUCUGCAGCAAUGA